UUCAGAGCCCUUUCUGCGCGAGCGGGCUGAGCCACAGCUGGCAGCCGGAGGGGCUCUGCCGCGGCGGGAGGUGCUUCGUGCCAGCCAUGUGCCCAGCUGGGUGGCACCCACAGCCCCCUGGCCCCGAGGGCCCGUCUCAGUAGGCACCCUGGGAUCUGCCGCCCCGCGCCGUUGAUGUUGAGCGUGCUGUGUUUCAGGGUGCUGAGGAAGAUGCAGAGGCGGCACAGCAGCAACACGGACAGCGCGCCUCCCGAAAGGAACCGGAGCCAGACGGUCAGCUCGGAGACCAGCGUGGAUGAAGGUGGGGUGUUCGAGAGCCUCAAGGCCGAGGCCUCCUCCCCGCAGCAGCUGUUCUCGGGGCUGGCCGGCAUCCCAUCGGGCGCGCUCACAGCCGCGCCGUUCCAGUCGGGAUUGGUGCUGGGCUCCUCGGCAGGAGGCGGCGAGGUGUUCAUCCAGAUGCCGGCCCCGCGGGAGGAGGGCGCCGGCCGCGCCGAGGGAGCCCCGUUCCACCACCGCCAGCCCUCCCACCACUUCCACCACGGCCACCACCGCGGCUCGUCCCUGCUGCACAUGGCCGGGGGCGACCGGCACGGCCACGCCGAGGAGGGCGCGGAGGAGCAGGGCGGCACCCCGGCCCCCGCCCUCUCGGAGCUAAAGGCUGUCAUUGGGUGGCUGCAGAAGGGCCUUCCCUUCAUCUUGAUCCUGCUGGCUAAAGUUUGUUUCCAGCACAAGCUUGGGAUUGCUGUGUGCAUUGGCAUGGCCAGCACCUUCGCCUACGCCAACUCCACGCUCCGAGAGCAGGUCGCUCUGAAGGAGAAGAGAUCAGUGCUGGUUGUGUUCUGGAUCCUGGCCUUUCUCACUGGGAACACCUUGUACUUGCUUUACACCUUCAGCUCCCAGCAGCUCUACAACAGCCUGAUAUUUCUGAAGCCCAACCUGGAGAGGCUGGACUUCUUCGACCUGAUGUGGAUCGUGGGCAUUGCAGACUUUGUGCUCAAGUACCUCACCAUCGCCCUGAAAUGCCUCGUGGUGGCCCUGCCCAAGAUCAUCCUGGCUGUCAAGUCCAAGGGCAAGUUUUACCUGGUCAUCGAGGAGCUGAGCCAGCUGUUCCGAUCCCUGGUCCCCAUCCAGCUGUGGUACAAGUACAUCAUGGGGGAUGAUCCCUCCAGCAGCUACUUCCUGGGAGGAAUCCUCAUCAUCACCUACAGCCUCUGCAAGUCUUUUGACAUCUGUGGCCGUGUGGGAAGUGUCAGGAAGGCACUGAAGGUCCUCUGCACCCCCCAGACCUACGGGGUACGUGCCACCAGCCAGCAGUGCAGCGAGGCAGGAGACAUCUGUGCCAUCUGCCAGGCGGAGUUCAGGGAGCCCCUGAUCCUCAUGUGCCAGCACGUGUUCUGCGAGGAGUGCCUGUGCCUGUGGUUCGACAGGGAGAGGACGUGUCCCCUGUGCCGCUCGGUCACCGUGGACACCCUGCGCUGCUGGAAGGAUGGCACCACCUCUGCCCACUUCCAGGUCUACUGACACAGGGCAGGGGAGAGGAAAACCUGGACAGUCACCCCGUGCCCCCAUUUGGCUGCCCCCAGUGUUUGUUGUCAGCCCCUCCCAGCUCGGGCCCUCCAGGAGCACCAGAACAGCCGGCACCGGCCAGGAACUGCGGCCUCCGAGGCAAGGG